AUGAACAAGGUGCGCAAGAUCCAGCAGCUGAACGAGCGCGAGCUGGAACUGGGCACGCCCGUCAAGGCGUCGUGGCACUACGAGUACGCCGACACGUCGUACAUUUUCAUCGGGAACCUGCCCCCGGAGAUGAACGAGAUGGACCUGCUGAUUGUGUUUUCGCAGUACGGAGUGCCUACGCAUCUCAAGCUCAUGAGAGACAAGAGCACGGGCCAGUCGCGGCGGUUUGCAUUUUUGAAGUACGAGCAGUUCGAGUCGACCAUUCUCGCCGUCGACAACCUCAACGGGUACUCCUUUGGCGACGAGUACGUGCUUCGUGUCGACCAUGUGAGAUACAAGCCGUACCAGUACGAUAAGGAGUUCGACGCCAACAGGGAGUGGGACGAGGCUCUGGCUAAGGAGAUGGAGAAGGACUUUGGGGAGGAGAAGGAGGUGGAAGCUAAGCUGAUAGAGAACGAACUGGAGGAAGAGGACCCCAUGGCCCAGUAUCUCAAAAAUAAAAAAGCCAGGACGACAUAA